AUGAAGCCGAGCGGUGUCCUCCUCGCCGCCGUCGUGGCGCUGCUCCUGGUCUCGGCCGUGCGGGGCGACGACGACUGCGGGUCGCCAGAGUCGGCGGCGCGCGACCGCGCGCGGGCGAGGCCGCUCAAGAUCGCGGCUUUCUUCUCCAUCCUGAUCUGCGGGGCGCUGGGUUGCUCCCUGCCCGUGCUGGGGCGACACGUGCCCGUGCUCCGGCCCGACGGCGACAUCUUCUUCCUGGUCAAGGCGUUCGCGGCGGGCGUCAUCCUCGCCACGGGGUUCAUCCACAUCCUCCCCGACGCGUUCGAGAACCUCACGUCGGACUGCCUGCCCGCCGGCGGGCCGUGGAAGGACUUCCCGUUCGCCGGGUUGGGAGCCAUGGUCGGCGCCAUCGGCACGCUCGUGGUCGACACCGUCGCCACGGGGUACUUCACGCGCGCCCACUUGAACAAGGACCGAGCCCACGGCAGCAGCGCCGCCGUGGUGGACGAGGAGAAACAGGCUGCUGCUGCCGCCGCCGAGGAAGCGCGCCGCCACCAUGACGGCGGGGAGCACGAGGGACACGUGCACGUGCACACGCACGCGACCCACGGCCACGCCCAUGGGUCGGCGGCGCUCGUUGCAGCCGUUGGCGGCGCCGAGGACGAGAAGGACACGAUCCGGCAUCGCGUAAUCUCUCAGGUACUUGAGUUGGGUAUUGUGGUGCACUCGGUGAUCAUCGGCAUCUCCCUCGGCGCGUCUCAGGACCCGGAAACCGUCAAACCUCUCGUCGUCGCCUUGAGCUUCCACCAGAUGUUCGAGGGAAUGGGCCUCGGUGGCUGCAUAGUUCAGGCAAAGUUCAAGGCUAGGUCCAUCGUGACCAUGAUCCUCUUCUUCUGCCUGACAACGCCGGUGGGCAUCGCCAUCGGCUUCGGCAUAUCGCGAGUGUACAACGAGAACAGCCCGACGGCGCUGGUGGUGGAGGGCAGCCUCAACUCCGUGGCGGCGGGGAUCCUCGUCUACAUGGCCCUGGUCGACCUCCUCGCCGAGGACUUCAUGAACCCCAAGGUGCAGAGCAGGGGGAGGCUGCAGCUCGGCAUCAAUGUCUCCAUGCUGGUCGGUGCAGGCCUCAUGUCCAUGCUCGCCAAAUGGGCCUAG